AUGAAGUCGGUUGUUUCUGUGAGCGCAAACAUUCCUGGAUUGAUUGUCACCCUCCCCUCAAUUGCACCCGUUCUAGCGCAAGUGCCAAGAAAAGAAUACUUGAAAACAGAGCAAAGAAAAUUAUCUGGGCAGGUGUUUCUGUUGCUUAGGAGUGGGGAACUUGAAGAAAGCAAGCCACUGCCUUUAGGUUACACCUCUGCAGAAACCCAAGUAAAAAGCCAACCCGCUGACGAAGGCCGAUGGUCAGAACGGUGCCGGACCAUAAGACCGCAACUGGGUGAUGAAGAGCCAUUUGCUCUGGAAAUGAAAGCCAGUCUACGGGUGAGGAACGCGCUCUUAUGCCUCUUUGCAGAGCACGCCGCUUGCGCAUUAGCCCACGGCGGCACGUUAGGAGGCUGCCAGCGCCGUGUCCUGCGCCGGAGCGUGUCGUUGGGACCAGGCCUCAGCAGCGGGUGCAGCUCCUCCGGACAGGACUGCCUCCUUGAUUAUCGCCUGGCUUCAGAGCGCGGUGCGCCUCUGAGGCGGAGGUACCCGCCCGUCGGUCGCGGGUUCCUGUCGCCUCCCUACUCUGAGGGCUCGGGUGAAAAAUUUGGCCCCUUUGCAGGGGAGAAGCGAAUGCCGCAGGAACUGGAUGAGAACACAGACUGCAGGCUCAUGUGGGAAGUUCGUGGGAGUAAAGGUGAGGUCCUUUAUAUCCUAGAUGCAAGCAAUCCACGCCAUUCUAAUUGGCUGCGUUUUGUCCAUGAGGCUCCAUCACAGGAACAGAAGAACCUGGCAGCCAUCCAGGAAGGGGAAAAUAUUUUCUAUCUGGCUGUGGAAGAUAUUGAAACAGACACAGAACUUCUGAUUGGGUACUUGGACAGCGACAUGGAAGAAGAGGAGGAGGAAGAAGAAGAAGUAACUGUUAUUCAGGAAGACGAAGACAGUGGCAACAAUAAAGAAGUGCAACCAGCUGGUGAAAAAAUUGCAGAUCUCCUCACCUGUAAAGAGGACCAUGCAUGCCCAAACUGUGAAUCCAGUUUUGCCAGCCAGGAGAUUCUAGCUGAACAUCUUCAGACCUUGCACCAAAAACCCAGUGAGGAAAAGGAAUUUAAGUGCCGAAACUGUGGAAAGAAAUUCCCUGUUAAACAAGCUCUACAAAGACACGUACUUCAGUGCACAGAGAAUAUCAGCCCAGGAGACUCUUCAAGAAGUUUUCAGUGCUCUGUUUGCAAUACUUCCUUCAGCUCAGAAUCGAGUUACGAACAGCACAAGGAGGCAUGCAGAGGGGAUGCCAGAUUCAUAUGCAAGGCAGAUAGCUGUGGCAAGAGAUUCAAGAGUAAGGAUGCCCUGAAAAAACAUAAAGAGAACGUUCACAGUGGAAAUUCUAGGAAGAAGCUGAUGUGUUCAGUGUGCAAUAAGAAAUGUUCCUCAGCAACAAAUCUCCAAGAGCAUCGAAAGGUCCAUGAGAUCUUUGAGUGUCAGGAAUGUGACAAGAAAUUUAUUUCUGCUAACCAGCUAAAACGCCAUAUGAUAACUCAUUCAGAAAAACGCCCCUACACCUGCGAGGUUUGCAAUAAGUCCUUCAAACGACUUGAUCAAGUGACUGCACACAAAAUAAUACACAGUGAAGAUAAACCUUAUAAAUGCAAGCUUUGUGGAAAGGGAUUUGCCCACAGAAAUGUUUACAAGAAUCACAAGAAGGUACAGCACAGACAGCAGCACUGCGAGCUUCCCCACAGUGUCUCGUCAAUAUGUCUCAACCCUGUUCUGGAGGAACCACCUAUUGAGACCCAUUCUGAAGAGAGACCAUUCCAGUGUGAGGAAUGCAAAGCCUUGUUCCGAACCCCAUUCUCUCUACAAAGACAUCUGUUAAUCCAUAACAGUGAGAGGACCUUCAAGUGUGAUCACUGUGAUGCUACUUUCAAAAGAAAGGACACAUUAAAUGUUCAUAUUCAAGUUGUACAUGAUGGACAUAAGAAAUACAAGUGUGAUCUCUGUGACAAAGCUUUUGUGACACCCUCAGUCCUGAAGAGUCAUAAGAAAACUCACACAGGAGAAAAAGAGAAGAUUUGCCCGUAUUGUGGACAGAAGUUUGCAAGCAACGGAACACUGAGAGUUCAUAUUCGAAGCCACACAGGUGAGCGUCCUUACCAGUGUCCUUACUGUGACAAAGCUUUCAGCAAGAAUGAUGGAUUGAAGAUGCAUAUUCGCACUCACACUAGGGAAAAGCCGUACCAAUGUUCAGAGUGUAACAAGGCUUUCAGUCAAAAGCGAGGCCUAGAUGAGCACAUGAGAACCCACACCGGAGAGAAGCCGUUUCAGUGUGAUGUUUGUGAUCUGUCCUUCAGCCUGAAGAAAAUGCUGAUCCGACACAAGCUGACUCACAACCCCAAUCGACCGAUGGCAGAAUGCCAGCUUUGCCACAAGAAGUUUACAAGAAAUGACUACCUCAAAGUGCACAUGGAAAAUGUCCAUGGUGAAACUGACAGCUAAUUAUGGCGUGUGUGAGAAGAAUGGAUCUCACGUUCCAAAGUACUCCAUUUGUAUGCAUACAGACUCCAGACUUCUCACCUGACUAGUAAGCAUAGUCAGGAGAAACAACUGUAACGUGUUCACAUGUUAUUUUUCCCACUUUUUUUUAAUGUACUAGUAGGAUAAAAACCAAAGACAGACAUUCACCUGAAGUAAAACAUAGCUUGAAAAUAAAAAGUUAAA